UGAUUGUCUUUACGGAAAAACUUGAAAGUUUGACUAAAAAAUUGUAAUUAAAAAAAAAAUAUUUCUGUAAAAAUAGUUUUUUUUACCUUUUUUGUUCAGUUUGAAAAAAUGAUUAGAAAUAAAUGGAUGACAUUAUUCUUGGCUCUGAUGUUAAUAUUAAAGAAUAUUGAGAGCAAAAAUAUUGAAGAUGGAGAAUGUUCGCUUAUUUCGGUGAAUGAAAGAUUCGAUUGUCAUCCAGAAGACGGAGCUUCAGAACUUGCUUGUGGUUCGAGAAAUUGUUGUUGGAAAUUUUCCGAUAAUAUCAAUAUUCCAUCUUGCUAUUAUAGGAAAAAUUGGAAAAUUUAUGAUUACGAGAAAAUAGAGGGUCGAGAAAAUAAUGAAAAGCAUUUUUCUGCUUAUUUAAAAUUGAAUGGACGUUCGACGUAUAAAAAUGAUUUGAAAUUAGUAAAAGCUGAAUUUACCAGCGUCGAUGCUUUCACUCUGAAAGUUAAGUUAUUCGAUCCGUCGAAAAAAAGAUACGAACCACCUUGGCCAAUUAGGUCUAAAUUGGAACCAUUUGAUGGAAUUACAUCGUAUCAAUUAAAAAUUAAUCAAUCAGCUCCAGGUUUUUCAGUUCAUAGAAAAUCGAGUAGAAUUAAAUUAUUCGAUUCGAACGGAAUUGGUGGCUUUAUAUUUGCGAAUCAAUUUCUACAAAUAAGUUCAAUAUUACCCUCUCACAAUAUUUACGGUCUUGGCCAGCACAGAACACAUUUAAAAUUAUCAACAAAUUGGCAGCUCUUGACAUUUUUUAGUGCUGAUCAGCCAGUUACGGAAAAUGCAAAUCUCUAUGGAUCACAACCAUUUUAUUUUGUAAUAGAAGAAUCUGGCGAUUGUCAUGGCGUUCUUUUUCUUAAUAGCAAUGCAAUGGAUGUAAUUUUACAACCAACUCCGGCAAUAACCUUUAGGACAAUUGGUGGUAUUUUCGAUAUUUAUUUUUUUAUGGGACCAACUCCAGAAGAUGUUUUGAAACAAUAUGCAAAUUUCAUAGGAAAUCCAUUUUUACCACCAUAUUGGUCACUUGGUUUCCAUCUCAGCAAACUUGGAUAUCACACCUUGCAAGGAACAAAAGAAGUGUGGAAUAGAACAAAAAUGGCUCAAAUUCCUUUUGAUACACAGUGGAAUGAUUUGGACUAUAUGGAACGAAGAAAUGAUUUUACUUAUGAUAAAAAGAGAUUUGAAGGUCUUCCUGAAUUUAUAAACGAACUUCAUGACCAAGGAAUGCACUAUAUUCCUCUAAUUGAUGCUGGAAUUUCCGGAACAGAAAAACAUGGUUCGUAUCCACCAUUAGACGAAGGACUUCGUCGCGGUAUUUUUAUAAAAGAAAAUGGCACUGAUUUGCCAUUUUAUGGAAAAGUGUGGAAUCCCCUAACGACAGUGUGGCCUGAUUUUACGAAUCCCCAAACUCAGGAAUAUUAUAAAGACAUGAUGGAAAUAGCGCAUGGAAAUUUUCAAUUCGAUGGCGCAUGGAUUGAUAUGAAUGAGCCCUCGAGUUUUAUAAAUGGACAUUUCGAUGGAUGUCCCCAAAAUGAUUUGGAUAAUCCACAAUUUGUGCCGCACGUUGCUGGCAGGCAACUUUCAAGAAAAACUUUAUGCAUGAAUGCAAAUCAAUUUUUGGGAUAUCAUUAUGAUCUUCAUAACACUUAUGGCUUCGGUCAAGCUGCAGCUACAAAUUACGCAUUGAGUACAAUAAGACGAAAGAGGCCUUUCAUUAUAACACGAUCAACUUGGAUUGGUAUCGGAUUUUAUGCAGGAGCAUGGACGGGAGAUGCCUAUUCAUCAUGGCACAGUUUACGAAUGAGUAUACCGGAAAUUUUGGCUUACACUUUUUACCAAAUUCCAAUGGUGGGUGUUGACAUUUGCGGUUUCGAUGGUGAUACCACCGAGGCUUUAUGUAAUCGAUGGGUGCAAGUCGGUGCUUUUUAUCCAUUUGCUCGAAAUCACAACUCUGAUGAUACUAUUGAACAAGAUCCUGUUUCAAUGGGGGAAUUAGUGGUAAAUUCGACUAGGAAGUCAUUGAUGACACGAUAUGAAUUACUGCCCUAUUUGUACACUCUCUUCUUUCGUGCUCAUAAAUUUGGCGAAACAGUAGCACGACCACUAUUUUUCGAAUUUAUCGAGGAUUCCGAGACUUAUAAUAUCGAUUCACAAUUUUUGUGGGGCAGUUCCUUAAUGAUUGUUCCCGUAUUAGACGAGAUUUCUGAUAAGAAGGAAAAAGUUGAAAGUUACAUUCCUCAUGGUAUAUGGUAUAAUUAUUACACAUACAAAAAAAUAGAUUCGAAUGGAAAAAAUUUUACUCUUAACGCACCUUUGGAUACGAUUCCUCUAUUGGUAAGAGGUGGUUAUAUUUUACCUUUUCAAAAACCAUCGCUGACCACCACAGCUAGUAGGAAAAAUGAUUUUGGAUUAUUAAUUGCAUUGAGUGAUGAAAAUAAAGCUGAAGGUGAAUUGUAUUUAGACGAUGGAGAAAGUCUAGACUCAGUUGAAGAAAAUAAAUACCAUUGGCUGAAAUUUAGUGUGCAGGAUAAUAUCCUCCGUUCGAAUAUUUUUAACAGCGGCAUGUAUAAUGAGAAAAUGAUAUUAGGAGAAAUUAAAAUAAUUGGAAUAAAUAUUAACACUGUCAAACGUAUUUUAAUGAACAAUAAAGAAAUUGAUGAAGAUAAAUUUUCUUACAAUAAAGCGAAAAGUUAUUUAUAUAUCAAAGAUUUGCAGUGGAAUCUCAAAGAAGAAUUUAUUUUAUCCUGGACAGAUAUUUGAUAAUUUAUUUAUAAUAUUAAAAAUUAAAACAUGUUAAAAAAUUUGCUUCUUGAAAAACAAUAUAUGAUUCGA